AUGCGGGGGAAGAAACGGGAGUUUGUUGUUGAGGCCAAUGCACCGGAACGUUAUCCGCAGGAAGAAGAAGAAGAAGAAAUCCAACGGCCUUUGCAACGCAUUGCCCAUGUGGAUACAAGUCUUCCUAGCAGUGCGUACGAGCAGCGUAUUGUGGACCAGCUGCAGGGACUUCUGGAUGCCAGUCAGGUAAACCUGCAGGAAUCUGUCAAAAUGGGGCGUAUCGCCGCUGCGGCCCUCUUUUUUCAUCAAGGCGCACCUGUCGCUAUCACAUUUGUCAUGCUUAUUAUUUCUUGUGUGAUAGACCCAUCCGCACAGAACAUAACAUGCACAGUGUUGUUUUCAGUCCUCUAUGCAUUCUGCAUGGUGGUGCAGGUGUACCUGCUGUGGGCGCGCAUCACGGAGAAGAAAAUGCGUACAGCCUAUAUUAUGGGUGACGUGCUUGUGCGCUGGCGACGACGUAUCAUGGGGAUGAUGAAGAUGCCACGACAGAGCCCACAUGAACGGCGGGCUGCGUUUCUUGAAUCUACUGCCAUUUUGCCGGCAAAGGCAUUUCGCAUGGUGGCUGUUAUCGACGUAGCCACUGGACGUUUGAAACAUGUCCUUAAAUCUCUCUUGAUGCGGGGCACGAAACGCCUGGACGGGUCAAAGCUUUGCACAUGGCCUUACACUGAGCCCGUUGGUCCUUGCAAGCUUGUGGACGUGAUGGAUAUGACACUGAAAUCGGAUGCUAUUGUGUUGCGGCCGUUGCAAGAUAAGGGGCGGCCACCAAGGCGCCCAAAUUCACAAAUUCUUGAAAACAGCUUAGAGGAAGAGGAAGACAAUACGACAGAGGAUAGUGACCAUGAACGGGUCCCACGCAUGGAUACGAGUGAUGCAGACACGAAAUCUGUAUCACAGAGGAUGGAGUUUCUUGUUCACCGCAUUUUCCUACUAGUAUGGAUGUUUGGCAUGCUGCUUACUUUUGUUGCUGGAUUUGUUUUUCAUGCGUUUCUCGACGCUCCGAUUGGCCAGAGAGUCUUUUUAUACCCUUCCGUUGCACUGCUGGGCCUACUUCCGGUAAACGCCAUCCUUUUGAACCGUGCACUUGUGCUUUACGCCAAUGUAUAUCUGGAGCGGCUUUUUAGUCACUUG